CAUCCAAGUGUUCGUGCAACCAUCAAGCCCAUAGCAGAACAAUUUCACUGGUCUAAUAUGAAAAAAGACGUAAGGGAGUGGGCACGCCCCUUUAUAGGAUGCCAAGAAUCCAGAAUGAUUAGACAGAAAAGAUGACCCACAGGCUCUUUCAAAACUUCGGAAGCUCGUUUCGACAAUGUUCAUCCGGAUUUGGUGGAACCUUUACCAGAUCCAAAUGGAUACUAUUACAUCUUAACCUGCGUAAACCGUUUCACUCUAUAGCCGAAAGCACAACCCAUCUAGGAAAUUACCGCUGGAACGAUGGUCUGCACUUUCGUCAAACGGUGGAUAGCAAACAUCGGCUGCACUUCAACUAUUACUACAGAUCGUGGACGCCAGUUCAAAUCCGGAGUUCUCUGUUGUCUGACUGCAAUAUUAGGAAUAACGCGAUACCGGACAACUGCCUACCACCCACAAGCAAACGGGUUGGUAGAACGCUUUCAGCAACAGCUUAAAGCUUUGCUCUCGGUUGCAUGCGUUUUGCAGUGGACCAAUGCUCUUCCACUCGUUUUACUCAGUAUCCGCAACUCAGCAAUAACUGACGAUGAACACAUUACAGUUCAUCUCGUUUAUGUAACGACACUACGACUUCCAGCAGAUUUCGUAGGUCCUUCAUCUUCACCAAGAAAUAUGGAUCUAUGCCGUUACGCAAGCUGGCAUAAAAACGUGAUGCGUUCAGUUAAACCAGUUUCCACUCAACCACAGUCAACUAUUGUUGGUUGAUUGAUCCCUACCACACAUUACACACGCCUUUGCGCGUCGUGAAUCACUUCAACAAACUCAUGAAAUGGAACACGAAGGACACUUUAAAGUUCUUCAGCGUGAACCCAAGUGCCACAUAAUCUACAAGAACAGAAUUAACGGUAGUAUCAGAGUCGAUCGCCUCAAAGUCACAAAUUUAGAAAGAAACACCAUUUAUACCGGUUUUCUUUCAGUACAAUUGAAAGACACAAGUCUCACAGUUACGAUAACUUACCCAAUAGUCAACAAUCACGAUAACACCUCGGUGGUGUCUGACAAAGGACUCAAAACAACUCGUUCUGGAAGAAGAGUAAGGUUUCUACGACAUCUGUGCGAUCACUGCACGUAAGACACUACAUAACAUUUUGCUUCGUCUCGACGUUUCAGUAUUGUGUCCAAUAAAACCACAAAUAUUUUUGUUGCUAAUAUGCUUACUCACAUGUGCAUAUUUGUAUUUUACUUUAAAAAUGCCCAAAGACAUCAUUCUACAAAAAUCGUCUUCGCGCUUUUGAGUAUUUACGAAACGCAUGCAUAUGAUUUUAUUUUCUUUUUUCGCCAGAUUUAUUUCAUUAUGCACGUAUCAGUGUAAUUCCACGUAGACUUACAUAUUCUUUCUUUUUCUUUUCCAAGACGGCUGCAAAAGACGAAAAAAUGACGAAGUUUACGAUGAAUCAAAGUUUUCACUGUACUCGUUUCUUUAUUCCUAUAUUGUACCACAUAGGCCCUUAUAAUAUGGAAAGACAACCUGACGCUUCUGAGCAUAGCAAACUAUCAGAAGAGUGCUCCCUAACAACAAAUUUGUUUGGCUUAAAGUUCUGGCUGGCCACGUCUUGGGGUCAUCAUCACCCCAGUGGAGGAGUGGUCUGCAGCUGAACAUAAAUCCCCAAAAUAAAUAGCUUUGUACGCCUUCGACAUUUGGUGCUGAGCACAUUAGUUUUAUUGGACUCACCCAGCUGGGGGCGCUUGGUCACGCAACCUCACCAGAUCACGAAUGGUUAUGCCGUGCUUCCCUUCUCCCAC